AUGGCUUGGAAGCCACCUCGACAAUUGAAAGGGCCUCAGCAGCUCACCACCAAAAACAAUGACUCAAGCUAUCCCGGGUUGAACCCUAUCAGCCCGGAAACUGGCCCCAAAACACAAUAUAUCGACGCCCAAAAUGAAGAACUUAUGGUCCUACAAGCUAUCUAUGGUGACGAUUACAUCGAACAUAAAGCUGCCAAUAGUGCAUGGCAAAAGUCCGAACCCUCUUUCGAUAUCCGUGUGAAGGCGUUAUCAGAUGAAGAGGUGGCUGUUACCCUAAGUGUCGUACUCACGGCAACUUAUCCGAAGUCGGCACCCCUACUCAGUCUCAAGGAUGAAGGACACCUGAAGGAAUCUACCGUUUUCAAACUACAGAAGUUCAUUGAGACAAAGCCCAAAGCUUUAGUCGCACUAGAACAAUCCGAACCUAUGAUCCAUGAACUAGCUCAAGGUCUUCAAGAUAUUCUCGAAGACGCUGCCCAAGCUAAGGCUCAGGGGUUAGAAUUGCCUUCUCUAGAAGAGGAGAGAGCAGCGCACGAAGCUGAAUUAGCUAGGCAAGCUCGAGAGCAACAGGAGGAAGAUGAGCGUAAGAGACAGGAUGCAAUAAAGGAAGAGGAGAGAGUAAUGCAAGACAUGAUCCAGCAAGAAGUCGAUCGGCAACGAACAAGAGUCAAAGAGUCUAAAAAGAGGAACAAAACUCUAACAACUCCAAAUAAUCAAUUCCAGGACUCUCAUAUCUUAGAAGCAGGGAAGGUCGAGUUCGAUCAAGAAUGCGAAGUAACCGAUACGGCUGGUAACAUCUUUGUGUUUAAUGUUGUUACUGGAAGAACCGAGUUUCGUAAGGGACAAGUUGCAACCACAUAUUCCGUUUGGCCGGAAAGCUCCGGCGGACGAAAUGGCCCGACCCUUGCUCUUAAAGAAUUUGGACUGCGAUCAACUGCUAAGGAAUCCGCACAAUUCAAAAAGCAAUUACAAGUGCUAGAGGGAGAGCUAGAAUCCGUCAAGAAAUUAUCGCAUCGCAACGUGCUUGAACUCUUGAAUUAUCGCAUUGAUCGAGAUCAUGGAGAAACUGAUCCUGCCUCAAUGGUAUGGACCGCGCGAAUCUUGACCCCACUGGCAGAUAAAGGUCCGCUUGAAGAACUUCUAGAUCUUGCCGGGCGACUCGACGUUGGAAAGGUUCGUUCAUGGACAGCAGACCUUCUCAAUGCUUUAGGUCACCUGCAUAGCUAUGGCAUCGUUCACCAAGAUAUCCACCCUGGCAAUGUGCUACUUUUCAGGGAAUCAACUGGCGAUGUUAUUCCGAAGCUCUCGGAUGUGGCAUUUGAGAGAGAAAUGCAUAAUCUCUGCCGUCGAUCUCAGAAAAGUUCUUCGGCCAAUUCUGCGAGAUCUGCUUACUGGGUACCUCCAGAAAUUGCUGGGAGCUCACGACCUCAAUUCACCCAAAAGACGGACAUUUGGGAUCUAGGAGUUGUUUUCUUACAGAUGAUAUUUGGUCUAGACGUAUUUCAGAGGUACCAAUCUCCGGCCGCUCUAAUGGAGUCCCUCUCGUUGUCUAGGCCAUUGCAUGAAUUGGUGGCAAGGUUUUUCAAACUUGACCCUAAGAAACGCCCCCGGGCAUUUGAAUUGAGCUCCAGUGAGUUUCUAGCUACUGAUGCACCUGUCAUCAUCGAUGAUUCGUCCGUCGUCUUCUCUCCUUCCCAAUCUCUCACUUCUUUGACGCAAGCGAUCCCCAUGCGACCAAGACAUGAUUCUUCUGUAAGGGGACCCACUUCGUCCCGAUACAGGGAAGAUUUCGUUGAAGAGGCUCGUCUAGGUAAGGGCGGUUUCGGUGAAGUUGUUAAGGCGCGAAAGAAGCUUGAUGGCCAGAUCUAUGCAAUCAAGAAAAUCACACAGCGCUCCCAAGCAAGUCUUACUGAAAUAUUGAAAGAAGUAAGACUUCUUUCUCAGCUAAGCCACCCUGCAGUUGUCAGGUAUUAUAACACUUGGUUGGAAGAAAUACCCGAUAUAGCGGAUUCAGAAGAGGAUGCAUCAACCGAAGAUUUUGACUCUCGAUCCAAAGGCACUGCUUCUCGAGGAAUUGAUGUCCAAUUCGCCACUAGUACUGGAGGCUUGGAUUUCAUUUCUUCAAGCCAUCCUAACAUAGAAUUUGGUUAUGACGAAUCAGAUAUUGAAGAGGAAGAACAAUUAGAAGAUGAUGAAGAAGAUGAUGACAACGACGAUGACGACGAGUCGGAUGUCGAUUCUGUCGUCCACAAUGCUGUGCCAUCACCUACAAAGGUUAGGAGUAAUCAAAGACAUUUCAAAACCGUUAUGUAUAUUUCCAUGGAAUAUUGCGAAAAGAGGACAUUACGAGACCUUAUUCAAAGGAGUCUCUGGAAAGAAAGCGAGGAAAUCUGGCGCUUAUUCCGACAAAUCUUGGAAGGUUUAGUUCACAUCCACGGAUUGAAUAUAGUCCAUCGCGAUCUCAAGCCGGAAAAUGUUUUCAUCGGACUCGGCCCCGACGGAGUCAACAACGUAAAAAUCGGCGACUUUGGACUAGCUACUGCUGGCCACUUCGCCGUUGACAAAUCCGUCACUGCCAACUUAGAUACGAGCGACCUGACAAGAAGCAUUGGAACUUCUUAUUAUGUUGCCCCUGAAGUCCGAAGGACCGGUGGGGGAUCAUACACCUCUAAAGUCGAUAUGUAUUCCCUUGGGAUCAUAUUCUUCGAGAUGUGUUACUAUCCCAUAAUAGGUAUGGAAAGGGCAGAUAAACUAGGAAAACUAGGCAAUUCAUCUCUUCUUCCCGAUGACUUUCAACCCGGUGAUAAGGUCAAAUCCGACAUCGUUCUAUCUUUGGUCACACACGAUGUGAAAGAACGUCCAAGCAGUAUUGAACUAUUACGAAGUGGGAAGCUACCCAUCCAGAUGGAAAAUGAGACGACACGUAGAGCACUCGCGAGUCUCACGAGUUCCGCGUCGCCGUAUUACCCAAAAGUCGUUUCGGCAUUAUUCUCAGCUCCUUUAGAGCCAACGAAGGAUUACGCUUGGGACAUGUCAACACCCAAUCCUACUGCGACAGAAUUAAUGUUCCAGAGCGCAGUCAAAGAAGAAUUGAUAUCGGUUUUCCGCCGACAUGGAGCAGUGGAAUCGCCUCGCAGUUCACUCUAUCCUCGCUCGCCUCAUUACUCUCCGAAUCAGGAUAUCGUCCAGUUAUUGGACCAGAAUGGGACAGUGGUUCAGUUGCCUUUUGACCUAAUGCUAGGUAAUGCCAGAGCACUAGCAAAACACACUAACUGUUCAAUGGUUCGAAAGUCUUUCACUUUCGGUAACGUUUACCGCGACAGGCGAAAUGGCGGCCAACCCCUAAUGAUUGGUGAGGUCGAUUUUGACAUUGUCUCUACGGAUACCUUGGAUCUAGCCUUGAAAGAAGCAGAAGUCAUCAAAGUGCUAGAUGAAAUCAUCAACACUUUCCCUUCAACAUCGCCUAUGUGUUUCCAUUUAGGUCAUUCGGAUCUUUUACAGCUUAUUUUCGAGUUUUGCAAUGUGGAUUUGAGUGCGCGACAGCUAACUGCUGAAUCUCUCAGCAAGUUAAAUAUUCACUCCAAUACUUUCCAGAAAAUACGAGCCGAACUCCGAUCGCCCUUGAUCGGAAUAUCCGCUACGAGUAUUGAAGAUCUCAAACGAUUUGAUUUCCGAGAUACCCCUGCCAAAGCGUUCGCGAAAUUGAAAGGCAUCUUUGAGGGAAGCCGGAUGUAUGAGAAGUUACAGCCAACUCUAGCUCAUCUAAAAGAUGUAGUCGAGUAUACGAAACGCCUCGGUGUUCACGCAAAGAUUUACAUCAAUCCUCUCAGUAGUAUCAAAGAGAACUUUUUCUCGGGCGGAAUGCUAUUCCAAUGCCUCUAUGACAAGAAAUUCAAAGAUGUCUUUGCAGCAGGAGGUCGUUAUGACAGCCUUAUUAAAGCGCAUCGCCCGAGGGUAGCCGAAGGCCCCCACGCAGUCGGUUUCAGUCUAGCAUGGGAGAAACUUGCACGACUACCCAAGUCUGGAGGAAAAGCUUUCUUAAAGAAACCCGAGGAUGAAAUGCCUGGGAUAUUUAAUACCAAACGAUGCGAUGUGCUCGUGGCGAGCUUCGAUGCGCACACUCUUCGCACGGCCGGUAUUGAAAUCCUUUCGAUGUUAUGGUCUCACGACAUUAGUGCCGAGUUAGCACGAGAUUCUCGAUCUCCAGAAGAACUUACAUCCCGAAAUCGUGACGAAACCUAUUCAUGGAUCGUCAUUAUCAAACAGGAUAAUGUGUUGAAAAUCAGGACAAUGGAUCGCAAAGACAUACCCGACGCAGAAAUAUCAACCUCUCAGCUCCUUCCCUGGCUGCGCGCCGCAUUACGUGAACGUGGAACAGCGAGACAAUCUGAGGCGAUCAGCAAUGCGACGCCACUCGCUCAGAACGGAGUUAUAUCUCCGAACCCCGACCAAGAAGUCCGCGUCCUAGUCGCAGGUACAAGGUCCAAGAAAUUCAACCGCCUCGUCGUCAUAGAACAAGCCCAAGCCAAUGCCGCGGGGCUUCUGCAGACUUUCCUCGACGGACCAAUCGCCGCCGUCGAGACAUCGGAUGUUGUUCUUGAACUCAUACAAGACACCACAGCACUCUCGGAACCGGAUAGUUGGCGUAAAGCCGAGCAAUCAGUAGAAAAGAACGAAAGACGAUAUGUUCGCGAAAUCCACGAUAUGCUACUUGCAUGGCGAACAGCAUGGGAGAAUAAGGACGGUGGUCGUAACGCUUUCGUCUACAAUUUCAGAACGACGAAGUGCAUAUACUAUGACCUUGGCGCCUAAGUUACUUGAUAGUCCAUAUUUGAGUAAGUUGGGCGAAGUCAUGCUCGAGUCAAGUUCAUGGAGGAUAUAUAGAUGGAUGUUUAGCCGUACUUAGGUAGAUACCCUGAAUGGUCAUUUCCACUCUUCGUGAUUUUCUGAGGUUUUUAGUCUUGAUUCGCAGUCGUCUUUUCGCCCGAAUUCCACUUGGUGGGGGUACCUUUUCUUUUUCCGUUUCCUCUCUUCCAACCAUGUGUGCCGCCAAUACGCCCGUGGACGCCACCAUAUUUAAGUUGAACCGACGGAGUUUCCUUUUGCUAUGGCUCCCCGAAAACCAAUCGGCAUCUUACAUCACCACCAACACAUUGCUUUCAAUAUCUACAUUAGUUAUCACAAGAAUUUCUUUUUUUAAUUAAUUCAGUGUUAAAUGGUACAGAGUCGAGAUAUCCAGCGCAAAUUUUAUGUAAUACCACAUGCGUCACGCCAUCGCCACGGCGAUGAAAUCCGUACGCUCUAAUAUGUAAACCCUAGGUUUUUGGGAUUUUCCGUCAUCACCACCCAAAUCCGGACCACCAACCAAUAACCACCGAUCACCCUCCAAACAAUCCAGCAUUAUAGGUGGAUUAUAAUGUACAUAACGUUCGUUGACGACAUGAUUAAACUUCCCAAAAGAUGAGAAAGUUCUGAAUAUAUCGUUCAAGCUCGGACUCGAACGGGCUGA